CUGCCUAGUCAAAAAUAAGGUGAGACUAGAAAACUAUAUUUUUUAACUUCUUUGAGUUCACCUUGGUUCUACAUUGUGCUUUCAGUUUCCUUUUGGAUUUUCUUCGUAGAGCCUCAUGUUUUCAAAAUGUUUUAAAGGGCUCCUCAAAGAGUGAAAGAGAACCACCACCGGAGCUAGCAGCUCCACCCUGCGUGUGUUUGUGAAAGAACCGAAAGCAAGGGCUGUACGAUUUGUGUGCACACGCCCGUAGCACCACGGUUCACAGCACCAAGUGGAGGUAACGCAGAUGUCCGUCAGUCGAUGACCAGUUAACACAACCUGUCACAUCCGUGCAAUGGAACAUGACUCAGCCACAGAAAGAAAUGAGGAAUAACUCAGGUCGCCUCUAACUGGAAAUUCAUUUUGCUGAAACUAUUGAAACAGCAGUUCUUAAGUUGAAAAGCUCAUCAAUAUGUGUGUUCAGAAGUUUCUCCAGUUCUUUUGCACGCCUCUCUUCCUCCAGAAGGAAAUGCUGUGCAGCCAAGGAAGCUGGGAAGGACAUGUCUGGGGGAGACUGAGGAAAAAAAGAGAAGUUAGGCACUGCACUGUGCAGAAGAUCCUGGAACUUACUCAUGUUGUUGAACCUGAUUCUGUACCCACUGAAUAAGAAGCACCUUGGAGUGGUGUGGUAGGAGAGUGCUGAACCCGCAACCCAGAGCGAGACUUUCUUAGGAAUCACGUUAUAAUAAAUUUCAAACUUCAUGUGUCCAUGAAAACAUGUAACCUCCUCUUCGUAGCCUGUGGAGUCUCAUCUCCCUAACCUUAGCCCAGCCUUCUGUGUGAGGGACCUCUGGAGCACCUGGGACCCCCCCCUGGCCCUCAUCUUCCCAAAUCCAGGAGACCUAGAGACCUGGGCUUAUUGAAGGACCUAGUUGCAGUAUUUUAGUUCCAGAAGUUCCUGGCUGUCUUGGAGAUAUGGAUGUAAUGAGACCCUUAAUAAAUGAGCAGAAUUUUGAUGGGACAUCAGAUGAAGAACAUGAGCAUGAACUCCUUCCUGUUCAGAAGCAUUACCAGCUUGAGGGUCAGGAGGGUAUUUCAUUUUUACAGACUCUUAUGCAUCUUCUUAAAGGAAAUAUUGGAACUGGCCUUUUAGGACUCCCGUUGGCAAUAAAGAAUGCAGGCGUGGUGCUUGGACCAAUCAGCCUUGUGUUUAUAGGAAUUAUUUCUGUUCACUGUAUGCACAUUUUGGUACGUUGCAGUCACUUUCUAUCUCAGAGGUUUAAAAAGUCGACAUUAGGUUAUAGUGACACUGUGAGUUUUGCUAUGGAAGUAAGUCCUUGGAGUUGUCUUCAGAGGCAAGCAGCGUGGGGACGGAGUGUGGUUGACUUUUUUCUGGUGAUAACACAACUGGGCUUCUGUAGUGUUUAUAUUGUCUUCUUAGCUGAAAAUGUGAAACAAGUUCACGAAGGCUUCCUGGAGAGCAAAGUGUUUGUUUCAAAUAGUACCAGUUCAUCAAACCCAUGUGAGAGAAGAAGUAUUGACCUACGGAUAUAUAUGCUUUGCUUUCUUCCGUUUAUAAUUCUCUUGGUCUUCAUUCGUGAGCUGAAGAAUCUGUUUGUGCUUUCAUUCCUUGCUAACAUUUCCAUGGCUGUCAGCCUUGUGAUAAUUUAUCAAUACGUCAUUAGGAAUAUGCCAGAUCCCCACAACCUUCCAGUAGUGGCUGGUUGGAAAAAGUACCCACUUUUUUUUGGUACUGCUGUGUUUGCUUUUGAAGGCAUAGGAGUGGUCCUUCCACUUGAAAAUCAAAUGAAGGAAUCGAAACGCUUUCCCCAAGCACUGAAUAUUGGCAUGGGGAUCGUUACAACUUUGUAUGUGACAUUAGCUACCUUAGGGUACAUGUGUUUUCAGGAUGAAAUCAAAGGCAGCAUAACCCUGAAUCUUCCUCAGGAUGUAUGGUUAUAUCAAUCAGUGAAAAUUCUGUAUUCUUUCGGCAUCUUUGUGACGUAUUCCAUUCAGUUCUACGUCCCAGCGGAGAUCAUCAUUCCUGUGGUCACAUCCAAAGUUCAGGCGAAAUGGAAGCAAACCUGUGAAUUUCUGAUAAGGUCCAUCUUGGUUAUUAUUACUUGUGCGGGGGCCAUUCUGAUCCCUCGCCUGGACCUCGUGAUUUCCUUCGUGGGCGCCGUGAGCAGCAGCACGCUGGCGCUGAUCCUGCCGCCGCUGGUGCAGGUCCUCACGCUCUCCAGGGACCACUGUAGCGUGUGGAUGGUCCUGAAAAACAUUUCCAUAGCCUUCACCGGGGUCGCUGGCUUCUUGCUGGGGACCUACGUCACCGUCGAAGAAAUUAUCUACCCGACUUCCAAAGUUAUGUCCAGUACUUCACAAAGCCCCUCUCUGAAUUUGAAUGCAACGUGCUUUACAUCCGGUUUGAAAUAGUUGAUGAGGAAUUAUGAGUCUCCUACUUUUGUCUCAAUUCUGAAAAUGACUGAAAUAAGGACUGGUAGAAUACAUUGCCAUAGACUUAAAUAUAAAUUCAGACUCUGUUUUCUUUUGCCACAAAUGGAUAUUUUGGCAGUAAAUUGUAAUUCUUUACUAGCAGUGGUAGACUUUGGCAGCUUCGUGGUUUUAGCAAUAAGUGUUUCUUAAUUUAGUUUUGAAAAAUUGAACAAAUUAAAAUCUUAAAUAAUUAAAGAGUAAAAUGGCUUCUAUUUUUUAUUCAGUCAGAAAUAGUUUCACAGAAAGCCUUUGUCCCCAUGCUACUAUUUUGCCCCCAUCUGAGGAGAGAGCAGGAUUUCACUAAUAAGAGAAUUAAAAUCCUAACUUUAGUUCUUAGUGAAUUCUUAAUUCACUUGGACCAUCCUAGUGAAUGUCAAAGCAUAUUUUAUUUAUAAUGUAAAAAUAUCUUGAUUAUGCUUUUAUUAGAGAGCCAAAUACUUAGCCCCAGGAAGCAUAGAAAACUCUCAUUUAUCAUGUUAGCAUCAGAAAUCCAUAAAAUUGGAAUAAUUUUUAUACUAUUCUGUAAUGAUAGUUGAUCUUCAUACUGAAAGCCAAGGGGCCUGUGCAAGAUCACUCAGCCUUGAGAUCAAGAGAAGUGAUCUUUUGAUUUCCAGUCCAGGGUUUUUAAAAAUGUUUUUCACAUCACAUCUAGGAAAAGAAUAAAGUAUGUUCAUUUCAGCUUUAGUGUUGAGUCCCUUUGUAUUUUGACUGCUCUGAAGGCUGUGAUCUUUGAGUGGCGCAUGUGACCCGAGCAGAAAGUCAGAACCCUCCCCACCUGGCCGCACUGCGGGGCAGUGUGCACUCACCAGGGGAUGGGAGGGGGGAGUGAUCUCUGUAAUGAGGGGGGAACCACAUGCUGGUUUAACUGCUGGCUGGUAGAACGUGCCCAGCUCUCCUCUGUGUUGGAGUUCUUACUGUUUCAUCUCUUUCUAGGUUUUGCAGGAACCGUCCUCAGUGGCAGGACAUAGAUAGCUGACAAAACACAGGGGUGCCGCGGGUUCCCCUGUUACUGAUCCCAAUGGGCAGAGCAGACCUCACCGAGAUCCGUGCUUAGGAAGAAAAGACAGUGUUAAACUUUUGUCUACUGAAUAUUGAGAUACCGUCAGCUUCUUCCAGAGACAUACUUCUGUCCCAUAUUCUUUAUACCCAGUUAUUAGCCAAAACAAAUUCAUACUUUAAAACAUGUUGAACUUUUUAAUCAGGCUGGUGGUGCUCCAAUCUGUAAUAGUACAAAACAGUAAGAUCACUGCAGUGUACAUAUUCUUUAUUUUUAUAUGUAAAUGUUAACUUAGUCAAGUAUUUUUUGCUUACAUCAUGAAUGAAGCAUCAAAAUUCUAAAGAAAUGUCAGAAGCUUUAUUUUGGACGUAAAUUCAUAGGAAUGAAAACCUUUUUAAAGCAUUCACACUGAUUAUUACCAAUACUUGUUUGGGAUACUUUUAUUUCCAAUCUACUAUGUUGAGCCUUCAGUCAUGUUGAGAAAGUAUGAAAGAAGUUAACAGGAAAAGUAACCAUCAUUGAAACUAAUAUAAUUUUGAAUCUAAGAAUAAGGCAUUUUAAAAAAUGUUGAAUGGUAUUUUGGUGCUUUGCUGCUUGCUCCCAAGUGCCACUUCAUCACUGUGCACGCCACCCCCCACCCCCACCGCCCAGGAGAAGGCCCCAGUGAAGAAGAAGAAGGGCCAAAAAGCCUGUAGGCUGUCUCAGCUCAUCACCAAGGCCGUGGCCACCUCCAAGGAGCACAGUGGCCUGUCACAGUCUGUGCUCAAGAAGGCUCUGGUGGCCGCCACCGGCCAGGGCAUGGACAAGAACAGCCAAAUCCAGCUGGACCUCAAUCUGGUGACCAAGUGCCCCUGGUGCUGACCAAGGGCACGGGUGCCUCGGGCUCCUUCAAGUACAACAAGGAGGCGUGAAAAAGAUGUUUGGUGGUAUAAAAUGAUCAAAAACUGUUCUUUAAUAGAAAGCGCUAUUAAGAGUUUGUGAGCUGUCUUUAAGUGAUAUUCCUAGUCUGUACGUGAAAUUUUACUUUUAUAUGUUUACCUAUUUUCCUAAUGAAUUCAUCUAAUUCAAUAAAAUUUUUAUUAGUUUAUCAUAUCAAUAGAUAAAAUUUAAAUUCAGCAGGAGUAAGUGAUGAACACACCAUUAACUAGGCUUUCCUACGCAGCGAGGGCUGCACUGGCACCCAGCGCUUGGAAGUCACUAAAUUCUCGGUGCUCUGGGCACAGGAGGAAAACUGAAAUGCAGAAAAGAGGAGGGACUGAGAGGGAGAGAGUAGUUUUAGUUCUUAGCGGGAAACCCUAUUUAGAUGUGAACUAUAAAUGCACUAAUUUAAGGAUUUUGGUGAUGAGUUUUAUUUCAGAAAAAUUUAAUGGGCAGUAUUUUUCCUCUGAAAAUUUAGUUUUCAUGAAUCCUAACAUUUUCUAAAGAUUUUUGGAGAUGAUAUUUUGAUUAGAGCAGAUUUUGCUCUUAUAUUAGGGCCUGGAAAAAGGAGAGUGAUUGCACCUGCCAGAUUUGUGUUUGGUAUCUCUGCUCGGACACAUUAGAGCUAAAAUGACUUCAGCAUUUCACCUGCCGCCCCAGGAAGGCCCCUCUGCUCUGAAAGCUGCUCAGGUGCCUGAGAGCUGUUUCCACCGCUGGGGUGAGGGAGAAAAGAAAGCUUUACUUCCCUCUGAGGAGCUCUGUUCUAAGUCAGAACAGACUAUUCCCUUAAAAUGGUUUCACCAGUUUUAAAGUUGACUUAGCAAAACACUGGUUUUUAGACAUUACUCCACAAAUAAGAACUAGGGUUUUUUCUUGGCUGAAGACCAAUUCACGUGGUGUUACCAAAUGAAAGAAGUGCUGUAUUAGCAAGUGACCAUUAUGUUUUCAUUCUGUCCUCACUGGGUUCUCCCCUGUUGACACGUUUCUGCCUCCCACCUAGGACACACCUAACAGUUCGUAAGCAUCUUACGCAACGAGCAGGUGGUAAAUUUCCUGACAGGGCCUAGUUUCAUUCAGUAGUCUCAUAAUAGUUACAGAAAAGCUCUCUAGCUGCACAGUACUCUAAACCAUAAGCUGAAAUAUUCAGGUUCUGCGUCGGUACAAUUUCUGGCUGAAGCAGAGCACAGGUCUCACCGUAGCUUUACCUGUAGCACCUGUUCAUGGUGCAAGUCAGUGAGGACAGCAUCCGGAUAGUGCGUUUGUUACCUGUGAUGCUCUGUACCCACAGUAGGUCUUGAUUUCAGUCUCUUCUUUAAAAGGGAAAAGAUGCAGAGUAGACAGCAUGGAAAUAAUAAGAGAAAUUACUGAAUACCAGUGGCUCAGUGAAUAUUUUUCUGUUGUGGAUAAAAUAAUUUGAUAAAAUAGAGACCAUUGAUAAUAUAAAAUGAGUUAUUAAAAAGGUGAGUCUAUUUUUAUCUUCCUGCCUCAACUAACUUCCCCUUCAUAAGAAAAUUACAAGAACUUUGAUUUUAAAAGUAUAGCAAGAUGCUUCCUGACAUGAAUGGCUGAUGGAAUGGUUAAUACUCUGACAGAUUAGGGUCAAUCUAGUUUAUACCUCUGGUGCUCAAGGGGCUGACUGCCUUUCUCAGAGUGAUUGGUUUCCACCAGGGAGAUAAGGAAACAUGCUUAAGAAAUGAUUAGAAAUACUAAAUAUUGCCCUAUGAUAAAUGGGAUGAUACUUUUAAAAUUAGCUAGUUCGUGUGCACCCGUCUUCACACACACCAGUAAUUAUGUGGAUUAGAUAGUACCAAUGUACCAUUUAAACCGGGGACAGAAAGAUAUGUUGAAAGAUUGCUCUGAAAAUUAUUCCAUUAGCGGUUAUUCUGAUAAUAAAUAGGAAAAUACAUGUUUAUACCAUAAAGAAAUUAAGCUGUGGAUUUUUGUUUUGUAAAGUGAUUUUGUUAGUUGG